GGCAUUACUUAACUUUAUAUCCACCAACAAUCUUUUCUCUUCAUCAAACUACCUUUGAGAGUUGAACUUUUUAGCAAAUGAAAAUAUUCUUUCCUUAAUCUUAGUUUACCCUUUCUUGUUGGUUGGGCCAACACCAGACUUUGGUUUAACCCAACAAUUAUCCUUUGCUUCAUAAUAUGAACAGUUAUCAUAUAAACCCAGAAAUCCUAUCUUCUCUAUUAAAGCUCUGUACAUCUCAUUUUGCUUAUUUCUAUCUGAAGCCGAAAACUGUAACAGGAGCAUAACAGUCUGCAGACAUGGGUAUUCUUGCAAAAAUUGCUAUGAGUUUUGAUGCACUUAUUGGGCCUGGGCUGAUGCUUCUGUAUCCACUAUAUGCAUCAAUGCGAGCUAUUGAGAGCCCUUCAACACUGGAUGAUCAACAAUGGCUGACAUACUGGGUUCUUUACUCGUUGACAACUCUCUUUGAGCUCUCAUGUUGGAGAGUCCUUCAAUGGCUUCCUUUCUGGCCAUAUGUUAAGCUCUUGUUUUGCAUGUGGUUGGUGCUGCCAAUCUUCAAUGGCGCUGCAUACAUAUAUGAGAACUACGUCCGCAAGUAUGUGAAGCUUGGGUUGUCAGUUAAUUCCAACUAUCCUCAGGGCCACCGUCAAGUGCUCCAAUUGAUGUCUCUUGAUGCUCGGAAAUCUGUUGAACGCUACAUUGAGAGAUAUGGGCCUGAUGCAUUCGAGCGUGUUGUCAGAGCAGCUGAAAAGGAGGCAAAAAGGCAAAGCUAAGGAUGUCAAUACAGAUGGAUUUUUCCAAUAGAUCAGUUACAUAACAACGUUCAUUUCAAUACUUGCCUGGUUUGGCAGCUCCUGCAACUUUGUAUUAUAGAAAUGUAUUUAUGAAACAAUUCUAACAGAUAUUGUAAAAUCAACCUGUACGAUUUCUCAAAAAAAAUGUAUCUAGAAUUUGGUGAAUGAGGAAGAUAACGUAAACUAUCAGAUGCAAACAUUCAUUCAUGUUCUAGCUUUACAUACUACAUCAAUAUCAAGUUGACCUCUAUUUAACAAUCCAUCAUAUCAAAGGAUGCAUCGCCUCAAUUCCUUUUAUUGCCAAUAUAUUUGCUGUGAAUCUUAAGUUAUAGCCAUUUUUUUGGGGAGAGGAGGGAGGGGGACACAAAGCACAGAAUCCUUUAUCCUCACCCUUCCCAUGAUUCUAUAAAAGCAAAAAAUUCAUACACUAGCUACUUGUAAUGGCUAUUUUCAACCUUUCACCAAGGUUCAAAGAGAGGGAGGGCCAUUGAUUUUGUGAUACCAAACUACACUGCUAGCAAAUGGUAUGAAAUGACAUUGUUCCAUCCACAACGCUGUGAUGCCAUUUCACUAACUUUUAGGGAAAGAACUAAAAAUAUUUUCCAAGCUUUUCAGAAAGUGCAAAUGUUGGCAUCAAUAUCUUCCUCACUUUUCUACUUCCCUAUU